GGCCAGUUCAGGCUUUUGUGGAACGCCUUCAUCGUGAGAACAGUGACAAGAGUUUCAGUAAUAUUUUCGAACAACGCUACGACUAAGAAUGGCUCAGGGAAACAUCAGAGCCGUUGGAUGGAAGACUGAGGAGGUAUUUGUAGAAUCCGGCUGCCUAAGCGAUCAGAACUUCAUUGCGUCCACUUGCAGACAUCAGGGAGUACGACCACACAUGGAGGAUGAAAUUCUGGCCGUACACGACAUAUCACCAGAGUGUCAGCAUGCAACCACUGGAGAACACUUUUGUGUUGACUUCUUUGCUGUGUGUGAUGGGCAUGGCGGCGGAACGGUCUCCAAGGCUGCGGUUAAACAUUUGCCGGAUGUUAUGGACACCUAUCUACAGUUUUUGGACAUUGACCUGUGUACUGUCCUCCCUAAAGUGUUUCACCGGACAGACGACGUCAUCAAGUUUGAACACCCCGAAGCAUGGAUGAGAUCCGGAAGCACAGUUAUAGGGCUAGCUCGCAGAGAUAACUUUCUUUACGUGGCCAAUGCUGGUGACAGCCGAGCUGUGUCAUCUAUAGGCGGCUAUGCUGUUGCACUGUCCAAGGACAUGAAGCCAUCCGAUCCAGAAGAGAACGCGCGUAUCCUCUCCCAAGGCGGCAGGAUUAUCACUAGAAAGUACUCACAUCGUAGAGUCAAGUACCUGGUCGACUACGAGGAGAAAGUGCUGCUGAAUGUAUCGGGAGGCUUCGGUGAUGGCGUGUUCAAGAAGGGUGCCAGAGAAAAUUGGAUUUCGCAAGCCACCCCAGAAAUGAUGAAACUGGCAAUAACCACACAGUUGGAAUUCGUCAUUCUUGCAAGUGACGGCCUUUGGGACGUAUUCACCAAUGAAGAGGCAGUGAAGUUUGUCCGAAACAGGAUGAGGAUCGGAUGCCCGCCAGAGGAACUUGCAACUCAACUGGUGAAUUACGCUGUCAACCAUCUCCAUACACAGGACAAUGUCAGCGCCAUCGUCUACCUCAAUAUACAAAAUAGGGACUACAGUGCCCUUCUGGACCAAGUACGAUAUUGGAAUCCAAUAGUUGAAGACAUAACGGGUUAGGCUGCCAUCAUGUUCGUGAAAUAAACACUUACGGUGGAUUAUUAAA